GAUGUGUGCCCUUGAUGUAGAAAAAUAAGGGGUAGCUGGUAACUAUUGAUGGUUAACCAUUCAAAUCCUGUAAAUGAGGGGCAUUGCAUAUUGCAUAAUUAGGAAACAAUAGAUCUCGAUUGAUCGAUAUCAACAGACUACAGAAGAGAGGCCCGAGAAAUGAAUAGAAGUGAAAUCGCAUAUCUUUUAUCUGUCAGUUCCUCUUCCUAAGUCUAUCAGUAUGCUGAGUGUGUAGAAAUACAUUGAGCUCUCGCCGUUUCUUUUAACAGAAGGAGACAUUAAAUCGUUGGGCUAGAACGAUGAGGAAUAUAUACCAUAUACCUGGCAAGAUAUUAAAGAUGUCAUAGGUAGCUUAGCUCUGUUACUGUUACUCCUUUCGAGCAAUAUUUUGUAUAGAGUAUUAAGUCACUGACACAGAGACAUGCUGAAGCCGAGGGAGACAUGUCUGUCUUGAACCGGGCACCGUCAGACCUCAGAAACUACAUUCUCUGGGUUAGAGAGACAAGAAACAAAAACGACUCGGUCAUUGGAUUUCUACUGCGGGAACGUCUUCUCUGGAAAAAGAAGGCUCAACCUGAACAGGUUGAAGACUCCAAUGACACCCAGGCGUCAACUGGCCUGGAAUUUGAAUACCAGGACGAAACUCCGUUUGCUCAUCCAGCUGAUUACAAAAUUCUCCGCAAUGACUGGCCGUACGGACUCGAACAUAACAUCGUGCAUCUGGUUGUCUGGCUUAAGACUCGGAUCCCAGUUGAAGAGGACGGUCAGGGUGGCCCAACCGCAGAGUCACGCAAGCUUAUUGAAGACUUUGUCGACAGGACAUUCACCCAGAAAAUUGUCGAGAGACACAGAGAGGUAAACGGGAGUUGUCCAAAUAACAUCAAGGAAGAAAAGGUGAUGUGGUUUAAGAACAAGAAGAAAUGGCAGACCGUUGCUAGCAUUGAACAUAUCCACGUCAUUCUUCAAGAUGUUGACGACGAUUUGGUUGUGGGUUGGACGGGACAGACAUCAAUGGAUAUCACAGCCAGGUCCUAUGUAUGGAAUGGGCAGUAAAUGCUGAAUACCUUAACCACCGCUAGAAUAGAGAGCCGGUGUAUCGAAUAUAGAGAUUAUUACAGUGUGGUUACUAGUACAUUGUUAGAAAGGGUUGAAGGAGCGUCGUAAAAUAUCUAACUUCAUAUCUGCUAUCGCAAUAAGAACGCCAUGUACCGCACAUCUAUGCCAAAGUAUGCACCCCAAAAAAUAUAAUACAAAGUAAGUUAAAAAUAC